UCCGUGAGUCGUGAGUGAGUGGCCGGGGAUUACACAUAGGAAGCAAAGUUUGGUUUUGGAUCCCGGCGGCGGAAGCAAUCGAUUCGUACGGUUAGUGGCCGCGAGAUUCCACGCAGCGAGUUCGAGUGUUGGUGUAACGAUCGAUCGAUCCAGUCGAUCGACGAUCGCUCGGAAAAAAAAACUUAAUUUAACGGUCACUCGUAUCGGAAUAGUAAAGGUCAAACAAGCAGCACACAGAGAGUGAAUUUAUAGUGGAUAUCGAGAGAUCGGUUCUAAAUGCAACUAGCGGCUCGCUCAACGCGGCCAAGUUUGGCCAGUUGCAGCCAGGAGCCGCCAGCGGUGAUUACCCAGCAGGUCCGGCGGAGUUCGAACGGAUUUACCGCCAUCAAUGUCGAACCGGAGGCCUCGAGGGAAGGCAAUCCCCAAGGGGAGUCGUCGGAAUGCCGGCGGCGAAGGCCCGGGUCCAAUUAUCACCACCACCACCACCAUCAGCAGCAGCAGCAGCAGCAGCAACAAGCGGCCAAGAGCUCGUGCUUCAGGGAUUGCCUGCUGUGUAAAUGCUGUAACAAGAAUGGAAUGGACGACGAUGGGGAGAAUGCUGACAGCGAGGACAAUGAAUACGAAAAUUGCGAGCUCGAGGAGAUCGCGUCCCCGCCCAAGUACCGCCCGGAGUCCAUCGCGGCCCUGUGCGCAGCGACGCGGUUCACCGAGGCCGAGAUCAAACGGAUCUACCGGGGCUUCAAGGCGGAGUGUCCGGCCGGCAUCAUCCGAGAGGAAACGUUCAAGUUUAUCUACGCCCAGUUCUUCCCCCAGGGUGCUAACACAAACCUUUACGCCCACUACGUGUUCAACACAUUAGAUAAGGACCAUACAGGGAUUCUAAGCUUUGAGAACUUUGUCCAGGGCCUGUCGAUACUGUCCCGGGGUACGCUGGAGGAGAAGCUGUGCUGGACGUUCUCGCUUUACGACAUCAAUCACGAUGGCAAAAUAACCCGAGAGGAAAUGACUGACAUCGUGACGGCCAUCUACCUGCUGAUGGGGGACCGCGAGGACGGCGGCUCGGACGAGGCCCAGAUCAAGACCAAGGUGGAGCAGAUCUUUGAGGUGGGUUGUCGUCGGGAGGGAGGGCGUGUGUAUAAAUCGAACACAACCAACGGACCAAGGACAGGGGAGAUCCACAAGACUGCCAGCGUUCCAAAAUCACAAACGUCAGCCAACAGCAAUCCGGCGAGCAAGUCUACCCGUUCAAGCAAUCGUAAGCAAUCCAUCCUGAUGAAUGGCAGGGCCAAGCAGAAGCCGGGCAGCAUCCGGUCCCAUCAUCAUCACCACCACCAGCAACAGCUCAAGCACUACCACAUUCCCUUCGAUACGUAUCAACAGCAAUCGGUGGCGCUUCAAGGCGCACCCAGAAGAACCUACCCCGCGUCCGGAUAUGCCGAGUUCCCCCCGCAGAUGAUGACCGGAGGAAUCGCCACCAUCACCCCGCUGGCCGCCGCCGGUACCCUUAACUGCCAUCCACCCCCACCGAUGCCGAUGCCAGUGUCGGAACUUCCCACUCUGGUCAAGGUCAAGGCAUGGUACACCGUCUCCAAGCAGGGCCUGACCUACUGAAGACUUCUCCCCUUGCUGAAACUUGGAACUAUUUGCAACCUGUAGCUUUAAACUGAACGUAAAACUUUACUGAGAAAGGUGUGUCGACCGGAAGUAGCCGUUUAUAACUAUGUUUAGGUGAGACUUUACCCCCAAGCCGUUUUGUUAGCCGUAGUUGUAGGAUACAAAGUUGACCGGAUGCGUUAUGUUUGACCACAUGGUUCGUUCAGAAAACUCAUUUGGUAAACACUUUAACAUGCGGUUAUCACUCUGCAGUAGGGUGCCCAGAAUAUGGGACUUUUUCUCAAAACCUAGCUCCACAAGCUGAAUAUUGUUCCUUGAGCUAUUUCAGGACUUUGGGACAAAUAUGAGCAAAAUCGGUCAACAUUUACCCAUUGAUACUCGAUGGUGAAGUUUGUAUGGGAAAAAUCGAAAAAAUGUAUGGAAAACACAAUUUUCUUUCGGUUUGGCCUACACGGUGCGCUACUUCCAUCCAAAUAUUCCCAAAAGUGAGAUUCUCAUUGGAAAUAUAAUGCUCUACAACUUUGUAGAACAUACCAAAGCUGUAAAAUUCGAUCCUGAAAAGUUAUAAGCAAUUUAAAAAUGUAUUUUUUGUAUGAAAAUCAUUUUUUUCACCAACUUCAGGCUCGGGUUUCAAUGGGUUAAUCUCAACCAAUUUCGCUCAAAAUUUGCACAGAUGCUUAAAAUAACCCAACAAAUCGUUUUCCGCUUGUGGAGCAGGGGGUAAUUUUUUCUGGGCACCCUACUCUGCAGUUAUUUGACAUCAUUAAAUUAUGAGUUUAAAUAAUUUUAAAUUAUUUAUAUUUCACUGUGCGACUUUUUGAUACUGUGAAUUUGUAGUUUCAAAUUUCAAAUUUUCCACAACUUUUGUUGUGAACCCAAAAAAGAGGAGGUGGUCCAAUUUGGAGGAAAAAAGUAAUUCAAAUUAAUAAUCCUAGUGUUAAAAAAAAAAAUGAUUUUGGGUCACAUGUGGAAGCUCGGAACCAUUCAAGAGUUUUUUUUAAUAGGUCCUAUAAACAUAUGGAAGAUAAUAGCUUAUUGGGCCUUAAAAAAAACUCAAGAAUUAUUUAAGAGUUAUUUUUUGGUCAACUAAUUUGGUAAUCGAUUUACAAACUGUCUUGUGCUGAGUCUGUUUUAAACGGAGGCAAUAAAAAAAUAAUUGAAAUUAUUUUAUUGCACCCAUUAAAAAAAAAGACAGCACAAGACCAUUUAUAAAUUGAUCACCAAAUUUCAAUCUUUGAAAUGCUAUUGAUACUGCUGUCACUAUUCUGACUUUAGUCCCGAUUCGACUAAUUUAACGCUUCAUGCGAACGAUUGUUUUUGGUUGACCACUAAGGUGCCCAGAAUAUGGGACUUUUUCUCAAAACCUCGCUCCACAAGCUGAUUAUAGUUCCUUGAGCUAUUUUAGGUCGCUGGGCCAAAUAUGAGCAAAAUCGGUCAACAUUUACCCAUUGAUACUCGAAGGUGAAGUUUGUAUGGAAAAAAUCGAAAAAUUGUAUGGAAAACCCAAUUUUCUUACGGCUUGGUUUGUACGGUACGCUACUACCAUCCAAACACAGUGGACUCUCUCGUUGUCGAUAUUGAAGGGACCGUCGAGAGCGGGGGUUAUCAAUCUAUUUGAAGGGAGUGAAAAAAAUAUUGACAGCUGGAGCAAUAUUGAUAUCGAGAAGAUCGACAGCCAGAGAGUCCACUGUAUUCCCAAAAGUGAGAUUUUCAUUGGAAAGUUAAUGCUCUACAACUUUGAAGAACAUACCAAAGCUGUAAAACUAGAUCCUGAAAAGUUAUUAGCGAUUUAAAAAAGUCAUUUUUGCACGAAAAACAUUUUUUUCACCAACUUUAGGCUAGGGUAUCAAUGGGUUAAUCUCAACCAAUUUUGCUCAAAAUUUGAACAGAUGCUUAAAAUAUUCCAAAAACCCGUUUUUCGCUUGAGGAGCAAGGGGUCAUUUUUCUGGGAACCCUAUUAACCACCUUUAAAAUAUGAGCACAAAUUUUUCAUUUCGCUUUUCCAUACCAAAACUGAAAUUGUUCAAAAUAACAGUGAACAAAUGGGCCAACUGUCCUAUUUGACUGAAUUUCUCUAAGAUUUCAACUAAAAUUGAAAUUCACACAGAUCUGAGUGAAAUUUAACUAAAAUUCGAAGUUUGCAUUAUCUACUUAUUUAUGAAAUGGUGGUGCAGUAGGGUAGCAAAAAAUGAAUGAAUUUUUGGGACACGCUAAGCUCGAUUUCUUUGGCAAAAUUAAGCACCUGUGCCAAUUUUGAGCCAAAUCGGUUAAGUAGUUCCAUGUUGAAAAUUUUAUGGAGCCUUUUUUUACGAAAUCAUGUUGUGAAACAGUUUCAAAAACAUGUUCAAAACACAAUUUCACAGCAUUGUUCUGUUUUUUUUUUGUCUUCAUGAUUUAUAAUGGUGAAUCACCAUUGGUGAUGUGCUAGAGCAUUUUGUUUAGUUUUAUUUUAAAUUCCAAUAAUUGUUUUGUGAAAAGUUUUACGUCCUAACUUAAUUGCUUAAACAAAAACUAAACCAAUUGUUAAGAGAUAACAACUUGUUUUACAUCCAAAGUUGUUGUGUGCCUUUUCAAAUAUUUCAAUUCAGAGAGGAUUUCUAUUUAACGAUGUUUUAUAACACUAGUCAAAAUACCGGUCAAAAGUUGAGUAAAAAAGAGUUUGAAAACUGUUUUCGAUAGUUGAUUGUACAAUAAAAUCCCGUUGGUUUGAAACGAUUUGGAUUUUACAAAAUGAGACUAAAAUGUGGUAAUCUGACACUUUGAAAAUGUUUAUGUGUUAGCGAGUCAGACAACGACCCUGUUAUCAAACUAACAGGAUUUUAGUGUACGAUCAAAUAAACCUAAAUGUAUCUCACAAAAAGCUAUUAAACCGUGUAAAUAAUACCCCUAUUAUCUGACAUGUUCAAAACAAAAUAUCCUUUACGUGGGACCCGACGAAAUUAAAGUACAUAUGAAGUAAAUGUUUUGCCAACAAUACGACGUUACAAAGAUAAAUCGAAAUAUAUCUAUUAUAUUUGUCAACUGUAGUAAGCAGAUUUAGAUAAAACAAUUCUAGAUUGUGAUUGUUGCCGGUGUACUUGGAAACUUUUGGUUAACAUUAUAUAUUUAUAUAGAUGUAAUGUACACGUUUUAUAGCCUUUUGGGCAGUGCAAAUUUCUACUUUGAUCGUCUCGCAACAGUGCAGUGUAUUAGCUAAUUUAAACACACAUUGUUUAGCAACAGUGAGAAAUUCCUAACUCGGGUUGCUUCCUGCAACCCGACAACAAUUAUUGAUUUCAAGCUAUUCAUUCGUCAAGAUUCCUACACUAGAUGUGCCCAUCGACAUCGUAUCGUAAAUUUACUUCAAUUCGUUCGUGAAGCGCGUCCACUAGGCAAAUCUUAUCGGAUAAUUGCACCUGAUAUCCUUUCUGGUGUUAUAUUAAGUACGGGCCCAGUUUUAAGGCGGAAACAAACAAGUGAAUAAAACUAAACAAAUAAAUCAACGAUGAUAGACGUAACUCAAAGAGAGCAAAACAAAACAAAAAGUACCGUAAGUGUCUACUAUUAGAUCUAAACUUUGUUGAAACAAUGAUGCUGCAUCGAAUGCGGAUUUAGGUGGAGGAAAGAAUUUGUAAUUUGUCUGAACUGGCACGCCGGAUUUGCCAAACACAUUUGCAAUGCAAUAGAUUUAGUAAAACAAACUUUGAAUUGAGUGAACAACUACAAAUACGGUAUCCUACUAAUAAAGGCAAACCAGAAAAAAAACAACUAAAUAAACUACAUCCAAUUCUAACGUUGAACUUCCUGUUACUGAAAAUGAAUGAAAAAUGAAAGAAACAAAAAAAACAAACACGUGUUUGUAGCGAACAUUGUUGUAUAGUUUUUAGGUGUAAACAAUUAUUACUGACUGUACGGGAAUGCUACGGGAAAGGGGGAUUUAGACAAAACGGAAUUGUUGGCUCUGUUUGGCG